CAAGACUGGUCUAGUUCCACUCCUUCCUGCCCCCACCCAAACUGCAACCCCUUGCCCUACGAUAUGCCUCCGAGUGCCACGUGAGCAGUCAUCAGGUAGUUUUGUCCGAGAUUAGCCCUCUCGUUCAUUAGAGGCACGUCGCAGCAGUAAGUAGUGGUGAACUGAAUGUCCCAGAGUCGACACCGAAGCAAAAAUCUACCUGACCUGCUUUGUAAUUGUCAUUAUCUGCUGGGUGGGCUACAGCUCAUCGUAGUUGUAAUAUGGUGCACAUUGCUUUACUACAGGGUGUCUCUGUAGCGUGUUUCUUGGUUGACUACUAAUAGUCAUAUUUAUCUUGACAGAUAAUUAGCUACUGAUAACAAGGCUCAAUUUUGUCACAUUAGGCUCUGAGCGAGAGGCAGAACUAAACAUGAUGCAGAUUGUAUUCACUGGAAUCCCUCGUUCUGGGAAGAGUUCGUUUUGGAAACGCUUGCAGGGCAUUAUUCCAGAGAGACUUCUUCCAAGUACUGACAUCACCAGUUCUGAAGGAAGUGUGAGACUGGACAUUAGGGGAAGCUGUGGCUUUGUUCUGCACGUCUCAGAACUUGCCUGGAGGAGGAUUCAAGCCGAGGAGGAAAUGGAGGGAUUUGUUGCAUUGGUAACUCAGCACGGACAUCUCUUCAUACAAGAAUCACCUCAAGAUUUCUCUAGCACCACAGUACCUGAACAGCAGAAUAAAAAACCAGGUUCACCCAAACCAGACGGGCAGCCGGAUCUUCAGCAGAGUAAAUUGGCUCAGGUGAAAAAUGAAGCUGUAGAGCAGUCUAUUACCACAGGCACUGACUCAGUCUUGCCAAACACAGAAGGACAGCAACCUACGCAACAGAGCGAGCAAGAUCAGCCGCAAAAUGUGCCAGCUUCCACACACAUUGAAGAGUCUGGCAACAUAGAGGGUCAGUUACCCUCAGCCUCCAAUGUAAUGAAUAAAGCAUUAAUCAGUAUGAAACAAACACAACUCAGCAGGAAGAUAGACAGUGCCUCGUAUGUACUGUGCAGAGACACAGGAGGCCAGCCCGAGUACCAGGAGCUGUUGGCUCUACUGAUUGCAGAGAGCAACACAGUCUACAUCAUCUUCAAUCUGGUGCACGACCUUCACUCCAUUCAGCCUCUGGAGUACCUCCCAUCUGUUGAUGGUGACCCGAUCACAUAUGAAUCACCACAUACUGUAGGUGAGAUGCUGUGUCAGUCUCUGAUAAGUGUGCCAGUUCACAGUUCUGGUGUACGGGGCUCCAAGAAAGACUCACAGGACGUGUCUGGAGAUGGAGAGUUCCAGAAUCGUUCGUGUGUUUUCUUCAUUGGCACACACAAGGACCAGGUGUCCCCUCAGAGAAUAGAGGCCGUCAACAGAGACCUGAUUGAACUGAUCCGACACACUCCACAGUAUAAAGCCAACAUUGUCCAGCGUUGCAGUGCUGACAGCAUCGUCUUUGCUGUGGACAACUUCUCUUCUCUGGAGAAUGACGAGGACUUUGCUGUGAUUCGCAGGGCAACCCAAGGCCUGGUGUAUGGCAGUCAUUUGAGAGUGAAGGCCCCCACCUCGUGGCUGUUCACAGGAGUAGUCCUGCAGAACGUGUCUGAGACACGACCAAUGAUUUCACUGAGUCAGUGCCAGGAAAUAGCUCGGCAGUGUGGAGUCGAGCAACAGUCAUUCAAACCGUGUCUCAAAUUCCUUCACAAUAAAGUCGGAGCCAUAAGGUUAUAUGAAACUGAACACCUCCGCGAUGUGGUUAUCAUCAAACCUCAAGUACUGAUCAAUGCUCUCUCCCACCUGAUGAGAAGGGCCUUCUUGAAGCCUCUCUCUGGGAGAGCAGUUGUCGACGAUGAAGAUAUCAAUGAUGUAGUCUGCACUUUCAAGUCAAUAACAAGAGAUCGUCUCAUCGAGAUAGCACUUGACCUGCUAGUGAUGUGUCGUCAUCCAAACUCAACUGCCCAACAUCCCAUGUACUAUCUCACCUGUAUGCUGCCAAUGAAUAGAGAGGUCAGUGGUGUUGGGAAGAACUCUGUUUACUUCACGAUGGAAGGGUUUGUGCUCCCUAUUGGUCUCGGUAGAGCCACAAUAACCGCAAUAGUACAGCAACAAAUGAACACCAAAACCCCAUGGAAGAUAAACUACGACACCUUUCAUCGCAACAGUGUUGAGUUUACAGUUGGUUCUCCUGCAGUGAGUUUCAAGAUUUCCUGUUCUGCAAAGCACCUCAGUCUCUCUGUCAGGAAUGCUGCAAGUGUUUCGAGGGAGACAUGUUCCGAUGUUCGUAUUGCAAUUGAGUCAACAAUGACUGAAGUAUUGAAACUGUAUCGCUAUGGACAGGCAACAACUCCAGUUGUAGCCUUUAGCUGUCCGAGUUGUGAUCUGGAAGCUACUGGGUUCCACUACGCCACCUUAGUGGCUGAGGACAGACUUGAAUGUUCUCAUACGAAACAGAAUCUGGUUGUUGCUUCACACCUGAGAAUGUGGGUUUUGGAAAGGCUGCUUUGUUGAGAGCUGCUGAGACUGGGAAUAUUGAUGCUGUCAAGAGAGAGCUCACUGGUCACACCGACGUUAAUUCUCAAGAUGAGGAUGGAACAACUGCCAUUUCCUAUGCUGCAAUGAAUGGUCACAUUGACAUUGUACGUCUUCUGAUAGAGCUAAUGCUGACCUAAACCUACCAGAUAAGGUAAUACUUGAACAUUGCUACCUUUUACAGUCCUCAAGGGUAACACAGUACAGUCUUCUCUCUCUUUUGUUCAGUUGUCUUCUGGGGGCUAUGUUUGCUCACCUACACAUAGUGUAAUAUGUUGAAGAAACUUCUGGUCACAUUAUAUACACAGUGUUAAAAAUAGGGAGUGUGCACAUCAUAUUCAUAGAUGGCCCGUCAUACACAUUUU